GUAAUGCGCCACUUGUAUUCCCAUCUAUUGCGAAACUACAUUUCUUUCUGCCACGUCAGUAAUCUUGAAAGUGCAACUAUUAAUAGAGACUUUGUGUUGUUUGGACGAAAAUCAUUUUCUGUUUUUUAUGUCCUCGUUGACAAUAAACACGCGCGUUGUUUUAAGAAAAACAAGAUAUAGCUGCACAUUAUUGAACAGACAUUACCCACAAUGCCUCACUACAGCCAGCAACAAGGAAGUACACCGGACGGAUAUGUCGUCAUCGCCUUGAUACCACGGUGUUUUUUCAGUAUCUGCGGGCAUAUUAUCACUCACUUCUGAGACCAUGGCAGGACCGACCCAGCAGCUCAACGAGUCCGUUGUGAUACGAAGCUUCAGACGGUUCAGAGACCGAUAUUUUACAAACUCUGGUCCGGUUGUCAAAGAUGACUUGACGGACGCGGCCGCAGAGCCGCAACCGGGGCUCCUGGAUAGUUUACCGGUGGACAUACAGUUCUUGAUCAUGACCUUUCUGUAUCCGGCGGAUAUCUGCAGCCUGGGAGCCGCCAGUCGUUACUGGAGGGCCGUGGUUAGAGAUCCAUUACUUUGGAGAUACUUCCUGCUCAGGGACAUGCUGAAUUGGCCCUCCAUUGAUCAUGUGAGCAUGCCCCAACUGGAGUUGUUGGACGCGCCACUGAUCAACGAAGAUGAGAGUCUGGACGACAGAGAAGAAUGGGACGACAAAGGGAUGGAAUCAAAAGUUGACUACAUGUCAGAAUACCUGAAAGGAUGCCCAUCCAGCAGACAACAGUGGCUUCCCUCGCGGCCGGCGUACAAGGUCGUGACCUCAUUUCUUCAGUCUCUGGUGCCCUCAUCUGAGCCACGUUAUGCCAUGUUUGGCCCCGGCAUGGAGCAGCUGGAUGUCUCUUUAGUCACAAGGCUCAUGGAUGCUCCAGAUAUGCUUCCUAUGUUGGCCACUUCUCACAGACAGAUCAAUGGUAUUGGCUCGGGGAUCAGUUACAUGUUGAGGAACCAACAUAAAUUCAAUAUCCUGACUCUGUACUCAAACAUGAUGGCAGAGAGGGAGAAAGCCAAAGUGCAGGAGCACAGCAUCAGUAAUAAACUUUUUACCUUUGAAGGAACCGAUGACUCAGGCUCUCCAAUCUACAGGCCUGCUCCUCAAGUGCAGCAGGUGUGCAGGGUGGUGGACGGUUUCAUCUAUGUGGCCAAUGCAGAGCCUGGCAGAGGGGAUGGCGAGUCCGAGGCGGCUCACAUUCGGGCUGUGCUGAGCUCUGCUGAGGAUUCAGCUACGAAGCCUUUGCUGGUGCUCUCUUGUGUCUCCAGAGAAGAAUCGGAGGAAGUCAGAAUAACCCGUCUGCAAAUUGCUAGCAGCAGAAACAUGGGUAGACGUCGGACUCCCUGUGUCGACAUGGCAAAGAGACUCGGACUUCCCCAGCUGGCCAACCCCUGGAUGGUGCAGGAUACAGCAGCAGAAUCCCUGUCAGGUCUCAUUGACGGUGUCUCCUGGCUGUUGAGAUGUUCCAGAGUCAAACUCUAUGGUAGCUAGUUAUCUAACUUUUUCUGGCCGCCAGAUGAAUGGAAGCCACAAGUUGUAUUGCAGUGUCAUUGUGACACCCAGACAUGCUACGCUCCACUGAGAGGAACUCGAGAGAGCUUCAUGAAGGAGUGAUUGCAGGACAUCAGGACUUCCGACAAUAAUACUUGCAACAGCACAACAAAUAUGACAUAUUACAUACAACACAUAUUCAGGUCAGUUCGGUUCUUUAAAUUACAUAAAAAUAAUGUUGUUGUAGAACGAGGAGAUUGCUGCUUGCUCGAUGAAAGAUGCAGGAAAACCCAACAAGGAAAACAGCCUCUGGUGCAAAAUUAGAAAAAAAUGCAAAUAUUAAAAUGUAAAUUCCCCCUUUGACUCAAUUUAUUACCACAUUAUUUGUCAUGGCAGAGCUUUCGGACUCGAUGUGCUACUGACUAAUCGGGUUACCUGCAGUUGAGUUCAACAUGUUUUUGCACAGAAAAUAAUUCACGCUUAAAACUCAUUUAGUUUUUGAGCUAAACAAUAAUGUAUUCUCUUUAAUGAAUUCACUUUAUUUUAAAUACUUGAUGUGCAAUAGUAAAUUCUAAUCUGUAAAAAUUGAAAUGUAUAUAAUGCAUUUGUUGCAUAAAAAUGGUUUCACGAUUGCAGAUUUCUCUACACAUGGUUUUAAAUGUCCCGAGCAGUAGAAGGACAGUCCCCCUGCUUCCCUUUCCCCCUGAUGUGAACACGUUGAGUCCACAUCUGGACGUCAGGCAGCAUGUGAGGCGUUUCUGCCGCGGCCACCAGGGGGCGUGACCAGUAGCUGGUGGCCAAAGGCUCUGCCUUUUCCAACCGCCUCGACUGUUUGGCCAGCGCCGACCAUAGGAAUAUGAAAUGGGAGGAAUAUUUGUUCAACGUGGGUAUGAAAUAAACGCAGAAGAACUGAGCCAGUUUGUAUGGUCCCAUAGAUAAUCCAGGUGCGCAGUUGGACCUCUGACUUAUUGUGUUUGUCCCAUUUAAAACGACCAACCCGUUCCUAUUCGGCGUCUCUGGCGGCGGCGCCUGCAAGCCUUAAUGGCAGUAUGUCAGGCGUGACAGGAUAAUGUGCCUUGCUGGUGCUCUUCUGUUCUAGUCCCCUAGGUAACCACAAGUCUCUAUUUAAAAGUAUGCCUCGCACCCCUGGCAUCAAAAGGCUCUUUUGUCUCAGCAAUCAUUUUCAUAGACGUACAGAUUUAGAAUAGUGCCAUAAUUGGUGCGAUUAAGGUGCAUUAAGCUGAGCUGAACAAUUCCUAAUGAAAUUUAAAGAGAAAUGAUGGUAUGUGAGCCACUCUCUCUCUCUCUCUCUCAGGUUUUAGCACCACUGUUAUGUACCUACAUUGUAUGUUUGUGCCUUGUGUGUAUUAAAACUCAUGCUUACACAAACUGA